AUGGACAUCACGCGUCGUCGCAUCCUGACGGCUACAGUCCCCUCACCGUUGCUCAACAACUUGAACAGAAUCGAAGACCUUGGUUGUUUCGACGAAGAAGAAUGCCGCUUCUUCCUGCGGGAAGUUGGUGAGCGCGUUGUGCCUGUCUAUCCUUUCUCCUUCGGCAUGGAAGAGGUGUACAGUCUGAUCCUCGAGCGAUAUGGAUAUGCAGGUCUCCCCGAUGUCACAAGUGUACUGCAAGAUCUCCUCGAAGAUGAACAAACCGCAGCCGGCUUAGGAGAUGAUGGAGACGUUUGGCGCUCGUGGCGUCACAGUUGGAGACACCGAAAUGAUGACGCCCUCAACCCCUUUAUUCCGAAAGUGGGAAGCUUUGUCCUGCAGCAACCCACCCAGCUCCACAUUCGCAAACUCAAGGCACAGAAUUUCAUCUUCAAAUCCGAGAAAGCCCAAAGAGUAGAACGAGCCCGGGAAGCGGAAGAGACUGGAAAAAGAAAUGCGCUGGUAGAGAUCUCUCACAACGAGAACAGAAGAGUCGAGUAUCCUCAGAGUCAUUUCUUCACCAAAGCCAGGCCCUCAGAUGAAGAGAACUCGUACCGACUCCCCUCCACCACAUAUUCCCAUCAGAGAACCAGAACUUUGUUGGCAUCAGAGCAGGAGCCGUCACCAACCCCUGAGCAAGUGACAUUGAAACAGUCAAGCACUGCUAGAGGAUCGCACGUCACCGAAACAUCAGCAAGUGGCUCUUCGCAGCAAGAAUUCGUUGAGGUGGAUCCGUCUGUUCUUGAUGCAGACGUCGAUCCAGCCCUCUUGGUCUCUUUCGAGAUGCUCUCUUCCCAUCAGCCGUUCUUGGACCAAACACCUAACCUGAGAGGCGGGCACGGCGAAAUCGUCACUCUUCGACAGAUUGGCUCCACACAAGAUACGUCUUCGAGCAAGGAACACAAUGUUCAGGAAGGAAGCUCGCCACAGUCGCUUGUGCUGUCGAGUCCAACUUAUGUUGGUUUUUGUGAGACCCCUGGAAGUCGUGACUUGUCAGAUCCUCCCAGCCCUGUGACCGCUGGUAACAUCGGGCCGGCUAAAGAGUUGAGCAAAUGCGAUAGACAAGAGCCUGCGGAGCAUCACAAGUCAGCAGAGAGACAGCGCAAACUCUCAGACAGUCUCAAACAUUUUGCCCGACGCCCCCAUGGUGACAGCUCCGAGCCGAGCAAGAGGACACGCGCUGCUAACCGGCAAGCCAGAGUUUUGGACGGGGCAAUAUGGCUCCCAAGGGUUCGCAAGCGGCACUCGUCACAGAUCAAUCUUCCUGGGGAUGAAGAGGCCGUGGUGGAGGAGAGGAAGAAAUCGAUUGUACGACGCAGCCUUACACCGGUCUGGCAGAAACGCGAGUCUUCACGCAACAGUUGGAUGGAAAUCAUGCGAAACUUCUUUCGGUCUGAGUCGGGUUCUAGCCAAGCAAAACAGCCCAGAGCUGAUAGCAUUGCGAUUCAAAUUCAACCCACCGUCCCAAAUUCGCUCGCGUCCCCCAACAACAACACCAUCAGCAGCACCCACUCACCAGUCGAGCAAGAGCAACAACCAUCCCCAUUUGGACUUGACGGAACCAUUGACCUCACACCAUUCGCAUCAAGCGCCAUCAUGGACUACAACAAGCCUCUGCCGCUGAGUCCUGGCGAAAUUGUUCAGUCUCUCUCAACUCACGCGAGCCUGGCACAUUUCCGUCAACCAGAACUUGCAACCUCCAAGAACACUGUUGCCUCAGCAGAUUUCAAGCCAGACUGUCAAGCUCCGACUGCUCAUCGUAUCAAGCGAAAAGAUGUCCCCGUCAAACAUCAGCUCUCUCCUGUCCGCGAACACCAAGACAAGUUUGGCGCACACGCAGCUGAGCCUCAAAAGAUAGAACAACCACCACUCUCGUAA